AUGGCGGCGGCGCUGCGGCUGCUGGAGCGGGUCCGGUACCGGCCCCCGGGCCGCGGGUGCGGGGACGCGGCGGGCUGGGGCCAACGGGAGCGUUCGUACUGGCGGGCGCUGCGGCGGCGGGUGCUGGGCCCUCCCGUCCCGCCGUUCGCCACCCCGUGCCAGGUGGGAGCGCCGGUGCUCCGCGCAACCGCUGCUCCCGUGGGCCCGGAGCGCCUGGGCGGCCCCGAGCUGCGGGAGCUGGCGGCGGCGCUAGCGGCCGGGCUGCGGGGGCGGCCGUGCCUGGGGCUGAGCGCCCCGCAGCUGGGGGUCCCGCUGCGGGUGUUUGCCGCCGAGCUGACCCUGGCGCGGUGCCAGCAGUACCCGCCGCCGCUGCGCCGCGCACACUGCAUUGAGCCCUUCCCGCUGCGGCUCCUCGUCAACCCGGUGCUCCGUGUCCUGGACUCCCGCCUCGUUACCGGCCCCGAGGGCUGCGCCAGUCUCCACGGCUUCUCUGCCUACGUCCCGCGGCACUGGGCCGUGCACGUCUCCGGGGUGGACGAGUGCGGGAAACCAGUGAGCUGGGAGGCAACGGGCUGGGCCGCCCGCAUCGUGCAGCACGAAAUGGACCAUCUGGAUGGGAUCCUGUACAUUGACCGCAUGGACCCCCGCACCUUCACCAACGUCAGCUGGAUGGAGUUGAUGGACUGACCUGCAAGUGGGUGCCUGGACACCAGCUCUGCUGGUGCCUCAGCUCUCUGGUGGAAGCAGCACAGACCUGCGGCCCAGGGAGUUCCUCAGGGCUUUACUGCAGCCAAUACAGCCCAGGAGGACUUAGGGCAGCUCCUGCCCAUUCCUGCCCCCUCCCUGACUUUUCUCUGGGUAGGCAAGGUGGGGGGGACUGGUGUGGCCACCAGGAGCCUGAUUCUGGCUGCAUUUUGGCACCAAAAAUUAUUCCAUGGGUCUAGGAAGAAGCACUGCUCCUGGGUGCCUUUGGCGCCCAGUGUCAUGGUGUGGGCAGCCUCACAGUGCCCUGCGCAGGCACAGGCCCCUGGGUGGGGUGGGGGGAACCCUGUACCCCCUGGGGACAGACAGCAGCCCCUGUAGUCUCCUGCCUGUCAGUGGUGGGGGGGGGUGGCCCCCAGUGCAGUCAGAGCCUGAGGGAGGGGCUGGGUGUGGAUUGAAGCUUUUGGAUUGUUUUUAUUUUCAUAUAAACAAGACAGAACCCAAA